AUGUCAGACGGUUUACCACAACGAUGGACCCCGGGAGAGAAACGUCUUUGCUACUGUGAUUUACUUGAUGGGCUACCUCACCGUGUCUUGAGGAGCGUAUGGUUCCAGCACCGGCGUCAGCAGGCGUUGAGAAAUGAGCAGGAAGAGCCCAAUGCAAUCAAUUCUCCUAGCCCACAGGCAUCAAAUCACAUUGAUAUCAUUCAAUCUCAGCCUGAUAACCAGCAAGCUCUUGACCUACUGCUCAACUCACCAGUAUUCAUUGACAGAGGUAUCGAUGAUCAUGGACUAUCUGUGGGGGCUUCACCAGUAUUCAACGAUAAUAUGGGACCCUUGUUAGAAGACGACAGACCCAUGGGUAAUCCGCCACGACGCCGAGGACGUAGCGUACGCACCAUAAUUCAGAGAGAGCCUGCUCCUGCCAUGAGAAGACCUCUAGCACCGAGGGAUAAUGGUGAUCAUCGUGAUAACAUAUCGCCACCCCCAUCAAUACUUCGUAAUGAAUCUCCACAACAUAACAUACAAGAACACUCCCAAGAGCCACUGGAACCCAACACAUGUGUACAGGAGGAGGCCGAGUCUGUAAGGAUUAUGAGUCAAGAGCAUGCUUCGACCCAGUUGGUUGUGCCCGACUCCCAAAACAGUGGGAUAUACAACCGUGAAUGGUCAAUUACAGUUGAUCAGGCAUAUGGCCAUGGUGAGGAAGAAGUCAUACAAGAAACACAGCCAGACCCAGCGGAGCUUUCAGAAGACGAGGCAACACUGGAUCAUAUGUCUCCGGUUGAUAUAUAUGCAGCGGCUGACAACUCAGCAGAUGACCCAGGCAGUGAGCCAAGCUCUUCUGAUAGUAGUGAUGUGCCUGGUACCCCACCUACCCUUCCAAAUCACGAGAUGCCAGACGAAAACCUUCCAAAUCUGGACGAUGAGGUGGAGUCUCUACAUAUGUGGGAAAAUGACCCCGAUGACUCUGAGGAUCCAGAUGAUUCGAAUGACAGCAUUGACGAAGAAGACUUAGAAGACAGCGAGGAUGAAGACCCACAAAUACUGACAGACUUCCAAUAUAGUGCUAUUCCGAACAUCACACUCUCAGAACCGAUCUUGAAACAUAUAACAUUGAUGAAGGUCCGCAUGGACGGCAACGUAGCUAUGGACACCCACAAGCAAUACAUCAGGGCUGUGAAGGACUUUGUAGCAAUCUCGGAUGAAGCCACUGCCAGAAGAGAGCUGGGACUGAUUACAGAGAUCCACCACGUCCGAUACGAUGUUUGUCGAAAUAACUGCCUGUGUUUUGCCGAAUAUCCCAAUGCAACGAACUGUCCAAUCUGCAAGGCUGACAGGCUCGAUGCCAAAGGGAAGCCAUAUAAGACCUUUGAUUACAUCCCACUCAUACACCGUCUACUACUCAUGUAUAGUGACUCAGAAUAUGUCCGAACAAGUGUGGCUUACAAGUCGUCAUUUCCACCGGCGAACGAGAACGAGCGAGAGUCCACGAGAGAUUACUGGGACAGUCUCCUUUUCUCUACACUCAAAUCAACGAGAGAUAUAUGGACUGAUCACAGAGACAUUGGGCAAUAUGAUGUAUGGCCUUUACUCCUGGUUAACCUCAACAUUCCUCCAGCAGAGAGGGUUCUGAAGAAGAACCUGAUCCUGUGCGGGAUCAUACCAGGUCCCGGUAACCCCAAGGAUAUCAGCUCGUUCCUUAGGCCGUUGGUGGAUGAGUUUGUGACUCUGCAGGCUGGUGUCAAAGGGUGGGAUGGGCUGCGUAAGGAAGCAUUCCAGCUACGCGCUCAUAUUGCACUGAUCUCUGGCGACACGAUGGCUAUGGCCAAGCUAAUGAAGUGGACGGGACCAAACAGCUACCGCUACUGCAAGUUCUGUGCCAUCUACGGCAUCAGCGAAGGCCACAUAUACUGCCCACUCGAGCCCCCGCGGGACCGUGCUGCUGUACCGGAACAGGAGCCAUCGCAGGGAGAGCCAUCAUCUGGACAGGCACAGCCAGGCCCCUCAUCCAACAAGCGGAAGCGCAAGCCUAGGGCAGCAAAAAAGAGCGGCCACUACCCAGAAAAGUCUUGGGAUCCACGCACAUUGCCGGUGUGGACUGAUGAAGAGAUGAGGCAGACCCAUAAGGCCGUAGAGGAUAAGAACAUCGCUUGGGGUAAGCUCAUGGGCACUAAUGGGGAGCCAAUAUUCAGUUGCUUGAAAUCUAUCGUGUACCCUUGGUGUUUCACGCCUGAUGUGAUGCACCUGCUCGACGAGAACACACCCCGGCUUUAUCUUGCCCACUGGAUGGGCAUAUACCGGGACAAGGAAACCACUGCUUUGUUCAAAAGACAGGGGAUGGAGGAUGAUAGAGACUUUAAUAAUUCACAAGCACGUUCUAACGCGAAUAUAGACUCUCAGGAGCACGAUGAACUAUUGCAACAGGGUUCGCAGGCCGGUUCCCAAUCCCACUCGCAGGCAAUACCCAGAAGUCAAAGUGACGUCCAGUCCCAGUCGCAGGCAGGAUCCUUAAAACAGAGGCUGCUUCGGGGCAGAUGGGUGGUGAGCUUCAAUGCCGCCGCUGAUGAUCACAGUGAAUCAUAUAUCCUUCCAAAGAAGGCUUGGGACAGGAUCGGUGCAGAGAUCGCAGAUUCGAGAGCGUCUAUCCCGACGGCGUUUGGCAAAGCAUUUAGGGACAUCAAGUACCAUGCAAGUUAUAAAGCGACAGAGCUCAUGAACUUCAUGCACCUAAUAUCCCCAAUCGUGCUGAAUCAACGACUUCCGGCUGAAUACUAUGAGCACUGGCACCACUUUGUCCUCGCAACAGAGAAGUCUCGUCACUACAAGCUAACGAUGGCCGAUAUCGAUGAGAUGGAGGAGGAUAUGAUACGGGUCGUGACUGACUACGAGCGGCUGUACUACCAGUAUAAGACAGCAAGGAUAUCAAGCUGCACGACCCAGGUGCAUGGUGUUCUUCAUUUAUCCACCGCAAUGAAGGUUUGCGGGCCGAACCCCAUCUACCACCAGUAUCCCAUGGAGAGGACUGUGUGCACAAUCAAAGCAAUGUGCCAUAGUCGCUCAGCCGCGAACCGCAAUCUAUCGCUGCAGCUCUUGGAGCGUGAGAGAAUCAAACACUUGCCGUUCAUCGCCAUUCUUCCGGAAGGCUUCAAUGACAUGGAAGACAAACGAUUGUUUGGCUUUGCGGAGAAGGACAAAGUGGCGUACCCUGUGCAGUACCCAGACUGCUUGCUGAUGGGACCAAAGGAGAAACGGAGGCUCAACCAGUACGAAAGGGCAAGUCUUCGGCAGUUUAUUGCUGAAAAGCUGGGCGUCCCAGUUCGUGCAGUGGACAGCACGGCCCUGCUGUCUGAUAUCAUGGUGCUUUGGGGCAGGGCCAUCGCAGGGAGAAUCCUGAACCAUGCAAGUGAAUACGAAGUCGUGGGCUCCAAGAUAUCCAACUCCAAGACUGGGGUAGCAACCAACAGGCGCAAUGACUCCUGGGUCCGCUACAUACUGUCAGAUGAGAAUGACAACGAUACAUCAUACUUUGGAAGGGUCAUGCAUUACCUGCAGUACGUGGUGUCCGAGAUACCCAAUUCUGCUGAACUGGGCCGAGAUGGAACUGGGGAGCCUGUUCAUCAGGAACCCGAGCCUUACAUGCUUGCGUACAUCUAA